AUGUUUUGUAAAAUAUUUUUCCAAAUCACUAUAACUUUUCCAACAAUUCCAAUAAAUUAUUUUAUCAACUUUAAUAUAUCUAAAAAUAAUAUUUUGCAGUUUCAACUUAUUGCGCAAUCUGACAGGCGUUACAAAAAUCUUUCUGAUAACUCGAUCUACUGCACCAAAAUACCCUCGCUUCCUCAACUCUUCAACUUUUGUUAUAUUUCCUUUUCUCGAAUUUACUUUCGUCUUUUCAACAAAAUUAUUAUUUCCUCCAAGAAACAAUGUGCCUAUAUAUUUAAUGAAAUUCUCGCCUUAUCACAUUUGUUUAAAAUAACAGAUAAUUUCUGUUUUGAAAUACCACUAAUAACACAUAUUAAAUUUAAUAAUACAUUAUUUGAAAACAAAUUUAAACCCUUUAUAUAA